GCCUUGGCUAUGACGAUCCCCCAAAGAGCCUGUCUGCAUCCCAGACCCAGGGACUCGGGCCUCCAGCUCCUGGGGUCCCGGAGCCCACCCAGCACCCCCAGGAUCCCGUGUACGGCUCCCCUGCACCUCCUGGCGGCCCGGAAGGAAACCCGAGAGGAAAUGACUGGGCCGCCUGGGUCCCCGCCCGCGCGCUCUCCUGGCCACACCCUCCGCCCGGACACCGCGCGCGGCCGCGGUCCUCUGCCCCGGGGCUGCCAGCUCGCGACCCCCGGCUCUGCCAUGUCGCCCUCUGGUCGCCUGUGUCUUCUCACUCUCCUUGGCCUGAUUCUGCCCAGCAGAGGACAGACAUUGGAAGAGACCACAUCCAGUUCCACAGUAAACUCAACUACUGUAGACACUCAUGUGGCCAUGCAAGUUCCAGAUGAGGGAAGAGGGACAGGCACCACGACGUUCCCUGAGAGACAAACCCCGAGCAAAAACGUCAGGAUGGAACCCCAGACCCCAGACCCACCUGGUUCCAAUGAGGACAACCCCUUCUUCUAUGACGAGACCACUCUCCGGAGACGGGGGCUGCUGGUGGCGGCUGUGUUGUUCAUCACAGGCAUUGUCAUACUCACAAGUGGCAAGUGUAGGCAGUGGUCCCGAUGCUGCUGGAGUCCACGCAGAGCCUACAGAGUGGUCAACACAAGAAGCCCUGAGCGGGAAGACCCGGGCAUGGGGAGCCAGACCUGUGGCUGAUGACCUUGUCAGCCUCCCCGAGCUCCAGACAGUGUUCAGCCCCUGGGCAUUGGCUCUCGCAUUGUCCACCUGCUCAGCCAAAAAAGUAAAGCCCUAUGUGGUCCUUC